UUUAAACUGGCUAUAAGAGUGGCUUGGUCAACGUUUACGGUGGCUUUAGAGUUUUGAAUCGCGCCGCUGAGUUUGGGGGAUCUAUACCAUCUGCGUGGGUUUCCUGGAUUGCAGCUCGCGAUGACCGUCCCCUCCCUGGAGGAGCUGGAUUCCCUCAAGUACAGUGACCUGCAGAGCUUAGCCAAGAGUCUGGGCCUACGGGCUAACCUGAGGGCAGACAAGUUGUUAAAAGCCUUGAAAGCCCACCUUGAACAGGAAGCAAGUAAAGAAAACGAGAAUCAGCAUGAAAGUCAAACUUCUGCAUCCUCUUGUGAUGAGACCGAGAUGCAUAUUAGCAUCCAGGAACAAGCUGAGAGGGAGCCGGCUGGCCACACCACCAAAACGAGAGGGCGCAGGACAGCCCACAGGAAUCCUGACUCUGAGAUGAAUGGCAGUGUGCAAACUGAAAACAAGCCACCACCUAUGACAAAAUUGUAUCUUGUGAGGAGUAACUCUGACUCUGUAAAUAACCUGUUUUUCAUGGAACUUUUCUAUGGUUUUAGAGGUAAUGAAGAUUCAAAGGUACCUUCAGAAAGAAAGAAAUUUCUCUACACAGAUGGGUUUUCCAAAUCUAGAAAAAAUAAAAGAACUGCAAGCUCUACUACUCCAAACUUUAAGAAGCUUCAUGAGGCUCGUUUUAAGGAAAUGGAGUCCAUUGAUCAAUAUAUUGAGAGAAAAAAGAAACAUUUUGAACAACACAAUUUACUUAAUGAACUGAAGAAGCAGCACGUCACUAAGGGAGCGGUGGCAACUCCAGUUUGUCUCCGAGGAAGACACCCUGUGGCUUGUACUCCCACAAGCCAGCGGCGCUCGCAAAGCCAGUCGCAGGACACUGCAGGUCGGAGCACCUUGCGUGUCAAGGAGUCGGUCAAGCGCUCCACUCUCUCAGCAACUAAAAUGAAUGUCAGGUUUUCAGCCACUACCAAAGAUAAUGAGCAUAAGCGUUCACUGACCAAGACUCCGGCCAGAAAGUCUCCGCAUGUGAUCAUACCUGGAAGUACCCCAAAAGGCCAGGCUGUGCUUGGGACACACAAGUUAAAGACCACAAAGGGGGAUUCUGUUGCAGUUAACACCCCUUUCAAGCUGACGGCUGAAGCAGCACAGACUCCAGGCUCCCAUAGGAAACCAGUGUUUGAUCUCAAAGCAAGUCUGUCUCGUCCCCUCAACUAUGAGCCACACAAAGGUAUGUGGGGAUGUUUUGAGGUACAAGACAUGCAAAGAUUAACCAAUUCUGCAUCUGAGGAUGGAAAAUUCUAGUGACUCAGUGGCAGCCAUAUGUGACCACCUACAAUUGCUGUCCCCACAUCCCUAUGACCCAUAAUUAAAAAGAAUGUCCAUUAAAGAAAUACUCAAUAAUUGAUUCACUUUUUUGUUAAUCAAAGAUAUAAUUUCUAAUCAAUGUUACUAUAAAGAAUUAAUAAAAUUUUAGCCAAAAUCAAGAAACUUAGAAGCUAUAAAGAAUGUUCUCUUUACAGCUUUCAAAGGAUCCCAGGCUGGCUGGGAACCACCAGUCCAACAACCUGGGAAAUUUAUUGGCCAGAUGUCACUCUUGGGCUUAUAUUAUAGUAACCUUAUAUCUAUUUAAAAUAUCAAUACAUAAUGUGAUCCAUCUUUCAGUACUUUUGGAAUUACUUUAAAACAGAAAAACUUCCUAUAAGAAUCAUGAUUAUGUAACAAUGUCUUUAAAUUACUAAUGUCAAUAUAACAAUGAAAACAAAAAGUUUAUUUAGCAGUUAGAGUCAACUAAACUGUGGUAAAAAUCUUCUCACACACCCCAUUUUUUCUCCCCAAGUUUUCUCAUAUUUGGCAGUGACACCUCUGUCUACUACGUUGUUUAGACAGAAACCUUAGGUGUCCUCUUUGUCCCCUCAUUCUCUCUUAGACCCCAUAUCCAGCCUAUCAGCUAUUCCUUUCACCUCUACCUUUGAAAAAGAUCUUUAAUCCCCUUUGACUCCCUUUGGUCCAAGUCGUUAUCAUCUCUUACCUAGGCUUCUAGAAUAGCCUCUUUGCCCCCACUACAACCUUAAAAAUAAACCAGAGCGCAUCACUGCCUUGCUCAGAACCUCCUAAGGUUUCUCAUCUCUCUCCCCACCUGUAGUUGCCUCCUCCCUUCCCUGACUUUGUGCCAAACACAGUGGUGUUUCAGCUCCUCAAACACACCAAGCUAAUUCCCACCUCUGGAUCUUUGAACUUGUUAUCCCUCUGCUGCACCUGGAAUACCUAUGUUCCAGCAGACCUUUUGCAGAGCUGCUCCCUCAUGUUAAUGGGGCAUGUACCUCAGCUGUCACUGACUCAGGC